UAAUAUAUUAUUAUUAUUAAGAAUAAAUUUUAUUAUAAGUAAUAAUAAUAUAUUAUAUUAUUAUACUUAAACGCUGGCGGAUUCGAUUCGGUUCGGUUUAUCGCGCGAGGUCCGCGGUCGUCGCUAGUCGACACUUUUCGACAGCAAACAUCGUCUUCAGCCACCGACACGUCAUCUAUAUACACUAUCCUAACGUUUUGUAAUACACCGGUGUGGAAUUCGAUAAUCGUAUCGUUCUUAUCGGGGGCGUAAGAAACCCAUACUCGGGGUUUCGCGCAUCGGAACCGGUUUCCGAGUAAAAAACACCCCCGAAACGCGGAUUUCUCGUCGCCGUAUUACCCUACCGGAAAAAGUGUCUGGUGGAGGAGCGACAAGAAGGAGCGGCACUGUGCCGCGGGCCGGAGGACGACAACGACUACCGCGGCAGCGACAGCGAUAGCAGCACCGCUGUCGCUAUCAUCACUACCACCUCCACCACAAACAACAAUAACAGCAACACCGCGGUGGCCACUAUGAUGUCGGCCGCGGAUGCGGUCGGCGGCGGCCGUCUGCUGGUCGUCGUCGACGUGGACGGCGCCGACAGCUGACAGCCCGGACGAUUGCGACCGUUGCGGGAAUGCGGCGGUGCUUACGGAUGGGGUGUCCCGCCGGCACGUUACGCCAUGCUUGACGUGUUCCGGGGCCUGAAGAGCCUGGUGAAAAUCAGCCACGUGCACAUCGACUCGCCCGUGUUCCGGCUCCACUACAGCCUGACCGUGAUGCUGUUGUCCGCGUUCAGCCUGAUCGUCACCACCCGGCAGUACGUCGGCAACCCGAUCGACUGCGUGCACACCAAGGACAUACCCGAGGACGUGCUCAACACGUACUGUUGGAUACACUCUACGUACACUAUCAAGGAGGCGUUCAAGAAGAAGGUGGGCGUCGCCGUCCCGUACCCAGGCGUGGACAACACCCGCGGCAAGGCAGACGACCGAAAAACUUACGGCUACUACCAGUGGGUGUGCUUCUGCCUCUUCUUUCAGGCGAUAUUGUUCUACACGCCCAGAUGGCUGUGGAAACACUGGGAGGGUGGCAAAAUCCGAGCGCUCAUGAUGGACCUGGACGUGGCCAUUUGCACGGACGCCGAGAAGAAGCAGAAGAAAAAAAUUCUGCUCGACUACCUGUGGGAGAACCUGCGGUACCACAACUGGUGGACAUACAGGUACUACCUGUGCGAAACGAUGGCGCUAAUGAACGUUGUGGGUCAAAUGUUCAUGAUGAAUCGCUUCUUCGACGGUGCGUUUCUGACGUUCGGCGUGGACGUGAUCCGGUUUCUGGAGAGCGACCAGGAAGACCGAGUGGACCCAAUGAUCUUCAUAUUUCCCAGGAUGACCAAAUGCAUUUUCCACAAAUUCGGCGUGUCCGGCGAGGUGGAGACCCACGACUCCAUAUGCAUACUGCCGCUAAACGCCGUCAACGAAAAGAUUUACGUCUUCCUGUGGUUUUGGUUCAUGAUCCUCGGCGUCUUGUCGGCAGCCGUGAUCGUUUACAGGUUCAUCAUAAUAGUGUCGCCGCGGAUGCGCGUGUACCUUUUCUGCAUACGAUUCCGGUUGAUCAAACGGCAGGCCAUCGGAAACAUCGUGCGCCGAUCGAAGCUGGGCGAUUGGAUGCUUCUGUACGUGCUCGGCGACAACGUCGACUCGGUCGUUUUCAGAGAUAUCGUGCACGAUUUGUCGCACCGACUGGAAGCGUACCACAACAAAAACUCGACGGUCAGGACGGUGGACGCGUGACGGCUGCGGCGGCGGUGGCGGCGGCUUGCAGUCAACAGUAUAAUAUUGUGCUCAAAUCGAUAACGAAUCAACGUAUAAUAUUUGUUACAGGGUAAACGACGACCGACUUGCACGAGACUAUAUUACAAUAUAUUAUUCGACGACUGUAAACGGAUCUUGUCUACAACGGUUGUGGAGAAGAUAAUAAUAAUAUGUAGAACGGUGCAGCUGCCAUUUUACCAGUUGUCUCGGAAAACAAAGGUCGUCGGACAUUGGAACAAACGAAUGCGCGCACUACAAACUCGUGAAUUGUCGCCUAAACGAAUUGUUAAAAAAAUAUAUAUUUGUAAUUUUUGGUUUUAGAGUUUUUAUUGAUAAAUCUCCCAAAAUGGCUCAUAGCUUAUUAUAUUAUUAUGUAAUUGUACCUAAUUAUUAAUAUUAUGCCGAUAUGGUUAUUAUAGACGUAUCACGCCAAGUAUGAGUAAAUAUUGUACCUACCUACUGAUGUUUUGUCAUAUUAUAAAACAAAAAUACUAUUCUAAAUUAAGACAAUAGCAAAUAUUCAUUUAAAAUGUCUAAAAAUAUUAUAUGAAAAAUAUAUUAUACUCAACUA